UCACAGUGCGGGUGUUGUUCUGCCAAAUUGCUCGGUGGAAAUUCAAUAGAGACAUUCUAACCUCAAAAGCAGGAAGUUUGGGUGAUUUAUUGCAUUUUCCGCCACAAAAGACGGACAUUCUCAUUGAACUAGGCCUAGAAAGUGCCUAAAAAUACGUGAAGAUUCAAUGGAAGGCGUCUGAGUGGGAAUUUGGACGCUCGCCAAUCACCCAAAUUCCUUCAAUACACUCUGCGUGUCAGCGCUAAAUGGACUCCCGGAAAGGAACAUCUGCGAAGAUGACGGGCAAGAAGCAGUGUGUGGAUGUGCGGAGUUUGGCGAAGAUGACAAUUUAUGUGUGUGGAAUUGUCUUCCCAAAAUAUCCCUCGCACACAUUUCCACUGUUUCUGCUGGCGGAAGCUGUGGGACGAUUUAAAAGCCUCCGAACACGACUUCCAUUCAAGAAGCGCUACAGACUCUGUCCACUGCCAAACAGGCUGAGCGAUGCACUGCAGAAAGACAACAUUAUCAAGUCGGAUCACACAAUUUUCGUAGGCAGCAGCAUCUUUGGGGCCUUUGUGCCGCAUCCGGAGGUGCCCUGGGUGAAUCUCACAGUCCUGAUGGAGAGCCGGCGGAAGAUGGCUGCUGAGGGCCAGCAGAAUGGCAUUGUGGGAAAGAUCCUGAACAGACAGAACAGCUCAAUGCUGGUGCCGAUUGUCGAAUUGGCCAAUUGCCAAGCGGGUGUAAUCUUCGUCCCAGAGUCCACUUACAGCAACCACUUGACAAAGUACAAACUGCCACAGGAUCACGCCUUCUCUGUAGCCCUGGGCGAAUUCCAGGUGAAUCACAAUGUGCCUCAAAUUGCCACAAAAGCCACGAUAGCACUGAUAAAUGUGCCCUUUGACAUGCCCAAUGAGCUCGUGGACACAAUCCUUGGCUGCUACUUCGAACAGCCGCGCUUCAUCUAUCGCAACAACACCUAUGAGAUUCCCUUGGAGGAGGAACUGUUGCGCUCCUCCUGCUUCUCUCGCCAUCAUCACACAUUCAGCAGACUGAAGAAGCUGCCGUUUCGCUGCGUGAGUCUCGAGUCGAAGAACAACAGCUAUGAAAAUCAUGCGAUUGUCGUGAAGAACUGCACGAGCUUGCAGCAGAUCUCCAGUGUGAACAUGCUCGUGCCGCGGCAGAGCCUGCACGAGAUGGCCUUCGCCAAUGUCUGUCCGGACGGACUGAGGAGGUACUUUGACGCCCUGCGGGCGUCUUUUGAGCCCUUCUUGAGCGAGAAGAGGGCUUCUUUGCUCGCUUCGCGCAACAUUCAUCCAACAUUUCUCCUGCACGGCGAUCGUGGAUCCGGAAAGAACACAGUGAUCACGGCUUUGGCAAGCUUCCUGGGCAUUCAUCUGUACGCUGUGGACUGCGCUGAGAUUGUGUGUAGCAUUUCUGCCCAGACGGAGACAAAACUGCGUCUUGUGCUGGCACACAGCAACAUUUGCCAUCCACUCAUUAUUUGUCUGCAGAACUUUGAGGUGUUCGGCGUUGAUAACGAGGGCAACGACGAUCAGCGCCUGAUUGGUGCCCUCCAAUCGGAACUGAUGGAAUUAUUUGGCAAAUCGGACAUUCAGCCACUCUUCGUGAUAGCCAGCAGCAAUCGACGCGAUAUAAAGUCUGCUGUUCGACGUCUAUUUCUGGAGGCCAUCGAAAUGGAGCCACCGGGUGUGGAGGAGCGAUACCAGAUCCUCAGGUGGCUGCACACAGUUCACAGCACCUGGGACUAUGUCUCCAAUGCCAAGGACACGCGGAGUGUCCAGGUGUUCAAUACGCGCAUCGGAGCACUCCACAGAGAGACUGAUGAGACUCUGAGGAGUGUUGCUGAUGAGACAGUUGGCUUCUUGCACGGCGACUUGAAGACAUUGUAUGUGAAUGCGAAAAAGAGCGGCAGAGAUGCUCAUCAUCUGACGCUGCAGCACUUUUCGCAGCAUCUCAGCGCUAUGCAGGAGCAAUUCUCGGACAGCAUGGGCGCUCCGAAGGUGCCCAAAGUGCUGUGGAGUGACAUUGGUGGGCUGGCGAGAAUCAAGGAUGAGAUUCAGAACAGCAUUGGUCUGCCGCUGCGCCAUGUUCACCUCAUGGGCGGCAAUCUGAGGCGCUCCGGCAUUCUGCUGUACGGCCCACCGGGCACGGGCAAGACGCUGGUGGCCAAGGCUGUGGCCACGGAGUGUCGGCUGAAUUUCCUGGCUGUGCAGGGACCGGAAUUGCUGAACAUGUACGUGGGCCAGAGUGAACAGAAUGUGCGCGAAGUGUUCACACGAGCGCGAUCUGCAGCCCCUUGUGUCCUGUUCCUGGACGAGCUGGACUCCCUGGCGCCAAAUCGUGGCGUUGCCGGUGACUCAGGCGGCGUGAUGGAUCGCGUGGUGAGCCAACUGCUGGCAGAGAUGGACGGCAUGGGUGGUGAGUCACAGCAGAUCUUCAUUUUGGCCGCGACAAAUCGUCCAGACCUCAUUGAUCCGGCUCUCCUGCGGCCGGGACGCUUCGAUAAGCUCUUCUUCGUUGGGCCGUGUAUCACGACGGAUGACAAAUUGGCCGUGCUGCAGGCGCAGACGAAGAAAUUCGUGCUGGACAAGGCGGUGAAGCUGAAGAAGAUCGCCGAGAUGCUGAAGAGCGAGAUGACAGGAGCUGAUAUCUACUCGAUCUGCUCAAAUGCUUGGCUAAAUGCCGUGCGCAGGACUGUGGCGAUGGCGACAGACGGAAAGUCCCAGUUAAAUGAAUUGACUGGGAAGUCCGUGAUCGUUUGCAUGGAGGACUUCAAGAUUGCCGUUGGUAAAUUCGUGCCGUCAAUCAGUCGAUCGGACUUGGAUUAUUUCAGCAAUUUGAGGGAGAAUUUCGGAUCGUAGACUUAAGGUAAAGUUGUUAUACACUUUUUUCUUGUUAUAUUGGCAAAUUAAAAGAAAACGCGGCUGAGGGUUUGCAGAUGAUCUCUAUAUUUGUCACCCCGGAGGUCAAAUUGCCACUGCGUCGCCCCUGGUUUUCCCAUAGGUUUGCAUAUAUUUUAUCAGGCGAGUGCAAAUUGAGCAACUAUUGACGCUCACAUUGCACACUGAUAAUGAUCAUGUGUCAAGGAAA